UUGACCCCACGUUCCAGCGCGCGCCCGGCACCCCGGAGCUGUGGUUUCUGGGCCCCCCGGGAACCUCAGCACAAACCAGCACAGACCGCGCGUGCCCACCUCAGGCGGAUGUUCGGUGGGUGGCGAGUGCGUGCCCGGGACCUGCGGGGACAUUAGAGGACGCCGGGCCUUGGUGCAAAGAGGCUCUAGGGGUUUGGAGAACGAGUCUAGAGUUCACAUUAACAAGAAAACUUGAAAAUGAGCAGCCGACGGAAACGUGCUCCUCCAGUGAAGAUAGAUGAGGAAAAGCAACAGCAGCUUUGCUGGAAUAUGCAUGAGGACAGAAGGAAUGAACCUCUCACCUUGACUGAUGAUGAGCACCCCUGCCCGGGUUUGGACUCCUCCUCUGCUCAUUGCAUCAUCCUAGAUGACGGUAUAAAGGAAGAAGAGGCUCACAGAGAUAAGAAGAGGUGUUCAGAGGCAGUGAGCAUCUCAAAAUCAAUUGAUAAACAAGAGACUGGUGGCAUUUCUUCCCCUUUGUCUAUAAAGCUGAAUAUUGUCAUUUCUCCCUAUCACGUUGAUGAUUCUUGGAAAGCGUUUCUAGGAGAAUUUACUCUUCAACUUCUUGCUGGUCAGAGUUUAAUUGAAAAUUUUUCUGAAAAGAGUUUUACACUGAUGAGUUCCGAGUCAAGCAAUCAGUUCCUGAUGUGUGUUCAUUCAGAAAGUGAAGAUACAGAGAAACAACAAAGAGGACUCACUGAGCCAAUCCGCAUUUGUGACAAGGGUAUUCAAGUGGAAUCAUCCUUUAGUGGUGAAAUGUUAGAAGAUUUGGGAUGGCUGCAGAAGAAGAAAAGAAUAAAACUUUACCAAAAGCCCGAAGGAAAUCACAUCGUCAAGGUUGGAAUUUAUCUUUUGGAAGGUGGCCUAGCGAAACUAGAUUUUCUGAGUGAUGCAAAUUCAAGAAUGAAAAAGUUCAAUCAGCUCAUGAAGAGAGUGAUGGAAAAGUUAUACAAUUUUGUCAUUCCAGAUGUGUUGGAAGAGGAUGAGGAAGAUUCAGAGAGUGAGCCAGAGGGACAGGACAUUGAUGAGCUCUAUCACUUUGUGAAACGAACGCAUCAGCAAGAAACACAGUCCAUCCACGUGAAUGUCCAGCAUCCUGCACUGACUCCUGUGUUGAGACCAUACCAAAGAGAGGCUGUCAAUUGGAUGCUACAACAAGAGCGUUUUAGAAGUACUCCUGCUAAUGAAAAUGCCCUGCACUUUCUAUGGCGAGAAGUUGUUACAUCUGAGGGUUUGAAACUCUACUACAAUCCAUAUACAGGCUGCAUCAUCCGUCAGUACCCAAAUGCUGGGCCACAGUUGCUUGGUGGAAUCUUAGCAGAUGAGAUGGGUCUUGGGAAGACAGUGGAGGUUUUGGCUCUGAUUCUGACGCAUACUCGACAAGAUGUCAAACAAGAUGCUCUCACUCUUCCUGAGGGAAAAGUGGUGAAUUAUUUCAUUCCAUCACAUUAUUCUGGAGAAAAUGUAAAAAACACAGAAACCCAGAAUAUGGAAUUUGAACCAAAAGAAAAAGUUCAGUGCCCCCCUACACGUGUGAUGAUCCUGACAGCUGUGAAAGAAAUGAAUGGGAAAAAAGGAGUUUCCAUUCUUUCCAUCUAUAAGUAUGUCAGUUCUAUAUAUAGAUACGAUGUACAGCGGAACAGGAGUCUUCUGAAACGGAUGCUGAAGUGUUUGAUUUUUGAAGGUCUUGUGAAACAGAUCAAAGGCCACGGUUUUUCUGGUACUUUUACAUUGGGGAAGAAUUACAAGGAAGAGAAUAUGUAUGAUAAAACAAAAAAGCAGGCAGUGGGGAGUCCAAGGAAAAUUCAGAAAGAAUCCAGAAAAUCAGGGAGCAAGGACACGGAUUCUGAAUACUUGCCCUCAAACACCUCUGAUGAUGAUGAUGAUCCUUAUUAUUAUUACUAUAAGACCAGGAGAAGUCGUAAUAAAUUGAGGAAAAAGCCUGUUCCAUCCACAAAGAAGGAAAAAAAUCAGCUUAACAUCAAUCUCAACUCACAAGAUCACUGUCUAGCUACUGGUGACUCUGGAAUUACUGAUGUUACCACACCUGAAAGUACAUGUAUCUUUGAAGUCAAACAAGAACAUACAGCAAAGGACCAAGUUGAAUCUCUAAAUCCUGCUGGUGGUGACAUGCCACAUUCUAAUACCAUGAGUCCCUAUGACUUAUCCGAUUACCGCUUUGAGUGCAUAUGUGGUGAGCUUGACCAGGUAGACCGUAAGCCUCGCGUUCAGUGCCUGAAAUGCCACUUGUGGCAACAUGCAAAAUGUGUGAAUUAUGAAGAGAAGAAUCUGAAAGUUAAACCUUUCUACUGCCCCCACUGCCUUGUUGCGAUGGAGCCAGUAUCAACAAGAGCAACUCUGAUCAUCUCCCCCAGUUCCAUUUGUCAUCAGUGGGUGGAUGAAAUCAACAGGCAUGUGAGAUCUUCCUCUCUGCGAGUCUUGGUAUAUCAAGGAGUAAAGAAAGAUGGCUUUCUACAGCCUCAUUUUUUGGCAGAACAGGAUAUAGUUAUCAUUACUUAUGAUGUCCUUCGUUCAGAGCUAAACUAUGUAGAUAUCCCGCACAGCAAUAGUGAGGAUGGGCGUCGCUUAAGGAACCAGAAGCGCUACAUGGCCAUUCCCAGCCCUCUAGUAGCUGUGGAGUGGUGGAGGAUCUGCCUUGAUGAAGCCCAGAUGGUUGAAUGUCCUGCUGUAAAAGCUGCAGAAAUGGCUCAGCGCUUGAGUGGGAUUAACCGCUGGUGCAUCAGUGGCACUCCAGUACAAAGAGGAUUGGAGGAUCUUUUUGGGUUAGUGGUCUUUCUUGGCAUUGAACCUUACUGUGUCAAACACUGGUGGGUUCGGCUUCUCUAUCGUCCUUACUGCAAGAAGAAUCCUCAGCUCCUCUACAGCUUUAUUGCCAAGAUUCUGUGGAGGUCUGCAAAGAAAGAUGUGAUUGACCAAAUCCAGAUACCUCCUCAAACAGAAGAAAUCCACUGGCUCCACUUUUCUCCAGUGGAAAGACAUUUCUAUCACCGUCAGCACGAAGUGUGCUGCCAGGAUGCGGUGGUAAAACUCAGGAAGAUUUCUGACUGGGCCCUGAAGCUCAGCAGCCUGGACAGAAGGACUGUCACCUCCAUCCUGUAUCCAUUGCUAAGGCUCAGGCAGGCCUGCUGCCACCCACAGGCUGUUCGUGGGGAAUUCUUGCCACUCCAGAAAAGCACCAUGACAAUGGAAGAGCUGCUGACAUCUCUGCAGAAGAAAUGUGGAACUGAAUGUGAAGAAGCACAUCGGCAACUAGUUUGUGCUCUCAAUGGCUUAGCAGGCAUCCACAUCAUUAAAGGUGAGUAUGCCUCGGCAGCAGAAUUGUACAGAGAAGUGUUGCGUUCGUCUGAGGAACACAAGGAAAAACUCAAAACCGAUUCACUGCAAAGACUUCAUGCCACCCAUAACUUGAUGGAAUUAUUGAUAGCGAAGCACCCAGGGAUUCCUCCUACCCUGAGAGAUGGCAGACUUGAGGAAGAGGCCAAGCAGCUGCGAGAGCAUUACAUGAGCAAGUGCAAUUCAGAGGUCGCCGAGGCGCAGCACGCCCUGCUGCCGGUGCAGCAGACCAUCCGUGACCUCCACAGAAAGAUUUAUUCUAAUUCUCCUUGGUGGCUGAAUGUGAUCCACAGAGCAAUAGAAUUUGGGAUUGAAGAGGAGCUUAUUCAAAGAGUGCGAAAUGAAAUAACCAGCAACUAUAAGCAACAAACUGGCAAGCUUUCUAUGUCAGAGAAGUUCCAUGACUGCAGAGGUCUUCAGUUCUUACUAACAACACAAAUGGAAGAGCUAAGUAAGUUCCAGAAGCAAGUAAGAGAGGCUGUAAAAAAUCUAGAGGGACCUCCAUCUCGUCACGUUAUCGAGUCUGCAACAAUCUGCCAUCUCCGACCAACCAGACUUCCUCUCAACUGCUGUGUCUUUUGUAAGGCUGAUGAAUUGUUCACAGAGUAUGAAUCGAAGCUGUUUUCUCACACAGUCAAAGGCCAGACUGCAAUAUUUGAGGAGAUGAUAGAAGAUGAAGAAGGACUGGUGGAUGAUCGGAUACCUACCACCAGCCGGGGUCUGUGGGCAAUAAGUGAGACAGAGCGAUCUAUGAAAGCUCUGCUAUCAUUUGCAAAGUCACAUAGAUUUGAUGUUGAAUUCAUUGAUGAAGGAAGUACUUCAAUGGAUCUCUUUGAAGCCUGGAAGAAAGAAUAUAAGUUGCUUCACGAAUAUUGGAUGGCUCUGAGGAAUCGUGUGUCUGCUAUUGAUGAGCUUGCAAUGGCUACAGAACGACUGAGAGUUCGUGACCCUAGGGAGCCAAAGCCCAAUCCACCAGUUCUUCACAUCAUUGAGCCACAUGAGGUGGAACAAAACCGUAUAAAACUACUGAAUGAUAAAGCUGUUGCUACAUCACAGCUUCAGAAAAAGCUUGGGCAGCUUCUUUACCUAACUAACUUGGAGAAGUCUCAGGACAAAACAUCAGGAGGUAUCAAUCCAGAACCGUGUCCAAUCUGUGCUCGGCAGCUGGGAAAACAGUGGGCAGUACUGACCUGUGGGCACUGUUUCUGUAAUGAGUGCAUUUCAAUUAUUAUCGAACAAUACAGCGUGGGGUCUCAUAGGAGCUCAAUUAAGUGUGCCAUUUGCCGCCAGACCACAUCUCACAAAGAAAUCUCAUAUGUCUUCACUUCAGAGAAAGCCAGCCAGGAAGAGGACAUCCCUGUGAAGGGUAGCCAUUCUACAAAAGUAGAAGCUGUGGUCAGAACUCUGAUGAGAAUCCAGCUUAGAGAUCCCGGGGCUAAAGCUCUUGUUUUCUCAACGUGGCAAGAUGUAUUAGAUAUUAUUUCAAAAGCUCUCACUGACAACAACAUGGAAUUUGCACAGAUCAGUCGUGUUAAGACAUUUCAGGAGAACCUUUCAGCAUUUAAAUAUGAUCCCCAAAUCAAUAUUUUGCUGCUGCCCCUGCACACAGGUUCUAAUGGAUUAACUAUCAUCGAAGCAACUCAUGUUCUCUUGGUGGAGCCCAUAUUGAACCCUGCCCAUGAGCUUCAGGCCAUAGGAAGGGUGCACCGGAUUGGACAGACAAAACCCACUAUUGUACACAGAUUCUUAAUUAAAGCGACAAUAGAAGAAAGAAUGCAAGCAAUGCUGAAGACUGCUGAGAGGAGGUACUGGAAAAGUUUACCCACCAUCACAUAAAGGGGUACUUACCAGACCCCCACCCAAGCAUUCCUAACCUGGAGUCAGUGGGCUCCUGAGAGGAAGAGGUUCCUCAGAUGAGCGUCAGCGGGUAAGCCCCCCAAACUGUGGACAGUCUGCAGCCCCUGGAGAGAGUUCUGUAGCAGCACCAACUGGCAAAAACAUGGCCCAUAUAAACAGCAGCUCUUUAUAGAGUCCUCUGUAAUUUUGAUGCACAUGAAGGUCCUGAGACCAAAAAGUUUGAGAACAACUACAAGUAGCCUAUUUUUAAAUUAUGUUCAGUGUCCUCAUCAAGAACAAAGCAGAGAAUGAAUAGACAAAAGUUUUCUAGCCAAGCUGGUAGUGGUCAUGGGCAAAGGCUUAUGGUAGAAAAGUCCACCCACACAGUGGCAGCAGUGUAAGCUGCUGUAAGUUUGGUAGACUGUAGAGCAAAGAGUUCCAUUAUAAUUUUGCAUCUUACACUUUGUUUAAAAAUAAAAAAGGUUGAGGUGGCAUAUAGCAGCUGACUUUAAACCAAAAGCUGUCUCCAUAAGAAUGGAAAGUAAACUGAUACUCUGACUGGUCUGUGACCACAGAGAUAAUUGUCACCUGUGAUGGUCAGUUUUCUGAGUCAUUUUGGCUAGGUUGUAGUCCCAGUUAUUCAAUCAAGCACUGUGUGUUGCUGUGAAAGUGUUUUGUAGAUAUGAUUAUAUAAUCAGCCGACUUUAAGGGAGAUUAUUCUAGGUGACCUGAGUGGGUUUGAUUCAAUCAGUUAAAAGGCCUUUGAAGUGGAAGCAAAACUUCCCAGAAGAAUGUCCAUCUGUGGGCAGCAGCUUCCACUCCUACCCGUGUUCCAGCCUGUCCUUCCAAAUGGCCUGCCUGUCGUACGGAUCUGGGACUUCCCUAACCAGCCUCCACGAUCACGUAAGCCAAUGAAUGCCUUGCAGUAAAUCCUAAGUAUCUCCUACUAGUUUUGUUUCUCUGGUCAAACCCUGACUCAUAAACCACCCUUGGAAAAGCAAAUGGGUGAUUUAGUUUAUGCUACCACUUUUAAAUAGCACUGUAAUGUUUCUAAGAAAACAUACCCAAAAUUGUUUGGCCAUGACCUAAACAUGUUAAAAAUAAAGGUUGCGCCAAAAAGAAAAAAGUUUAUCAGUAUCACUGGCCUGUUAGUGGUGUCCAGUGUGGCAUGUACACAUUCCAGGAAUAGGCAAGGAUAUACAUUAAGAUGUGGAAAGAAGACACUGGAAUGUAAACUAAGUGGGAGAUUAUUUAUAAAAGAGAAAGUAAGCUUCCUCUUAAUCUAAUAUGCAGAUCAACACUCACACCCUUAUAUUCCCAUCCAUUUGUAUGACAGUCACAUGUCACCUAGGUAAGUGAAUAUGGGAGCUACUCAUACUAUCAUGCAAGGAAGGUGUGGUGAAGAAUUUCACCCUGUAUCAAGAUGUCAGUGGGGAGAGGCUAGUUUACUGAGUGCAGAUGAGAAGGGGCCUAUAGCAGCCAGUACAAUUUUGAUAAUCCACGAGAAAGGAAUUUUUGAACACAAAGUUCUGAAAGGAGAGAGUGAAAUCAUUUCAACAGAUUUUAAGAAAAGGCUAGGAGUCUUUUUUAAGUACACAUGAACUUUAAGAUUCUUAAAUCCUGUAAUUAAGUCACUAGUAUUUCCCAUUUUAGAUUUGUUUUUCUUUCUCCCAAAACGUAUAGUGUUAAAUUCCAAAAUCUCUUGAGCCAAGUGAAUUAAAAAACACAAAAAAGGCUGCUAUUUCCUUCUCUAAAAUGUUAGUAAACAUAGAAAAUGCAACUAUUUCUUUGUUAAAAAAUUAUCAAGGAAUUCAAUGAACUCAGUAGGAAAGUCAUUGCCUUUGUUCUUAUCAGCAUCAUUUACAACAGACAGAAGUGGAAGCAGCACAGAUGUCUAUCACAUGACAAAUGGAUAGACAAAAUGUAGUAUAUACUUACAAUGGAAUAUUCUUUGGACAUAAUAAGAAGUAAAGCACUGAUACAUGCUACAAAAUGAUGGAUUCUGAAAACACGCUAAGUGAAAGAAACCAGUAGUAAAAUACUAUGUGCUUCUAUUUAUAUGAAAUGUCUAGAAUAGUCAAAUCUAUGGAGUCAGAAAGUACAUUAGCGGUUGCCCAGGUCUAGAGGGGUGCCGGAGUAUGUGGAGUGAUGGCCAAUGGUGUGAGAUUUCUUUAUGGGAUGAUGAAAAUGUUUUAAACUUAGAUUGCAGUGAUAGUUGCACAAUUCUGUGAGUAUACUGAAAAACUGAAUUGUACACUUUAAAUGGCUGGGUUUUAUAAGGUACGUGAAUUAUAUCUCGAUAGAAAUAUUAUAAAACAUUUUUUAACACAGCCCAAAGGUUUGGUUUUGGGUUUUUUCUUUUAAGUCAUUUGACAUGCAAAAGCCUUGGCAAAGCCUAUUGUAGAUUAAAAUGAAACAGAUGGUCUUCAAAAUAUCAGGCACACAUUGUCGAGAAUAUUGUACUGUGAAUCUUACUGAUGUCUGGCAGCCACAGUUAAAAUGUGUGUGUGUAGCAUGUGGAAUUGCCAGCUGUAAUUGACACUCAGCCGAAUAGAUAGGCGCGGGACUGGAAUGACCAAACAAUGCAAAGAUAAAGCUCUUUGACGUGAAACAAAGGUGACUCUAAUCUUUCAAAGACUCCUUAACCCUCAUGAUAUUCUUGUGUAAAGCCCUACUCCAGCACGCUUGCUGGUUUCUAAUAAAGAAUCAAACAUUCUUCCAACUCAACUAAUGAUGUAAAUCAUGUAACCUCAAAGUGGUGUUUUCUUCCCAUCCUAGAAAUACAAUAUAGUGCCAAUCUUCCUUUGA